AUGUCUUCAUCAGGAAAAUUUGUUUUUCUUGUGUUCUUAUGUCUGGUUGUUCUCUCCAUCCCAAGAUCUAUAAAAGCAAAACAUAUAGAUGGAAGGAAGCCUCUGUUGAUAGGUUCUUGCAUAGAGUUUCCAACAGCAAAAUGCAACAAGACAUGCAUUGAAUCACACUUUUCUGGUGGAACAUGCGUUCAUGUUGGGCAAAGCCUUGACUUUGUAUGUGUCUGUUUUUUUAAAUAUCUGAUAUAA